AUGCGUCCUCCGCGUCGUGCGCCCACAUAUUUCUGUACGCGAGUGUGCGCUGUGGAGUUGGUUGGGGUUAAUUUGGCCUCAGGGAGUCUCAUCCCACCGGUUCGCCCUCGAUUCCCUCAGCAGUCAAGAUGUGGGCAGUCUCGUCCUGUCCUGUCCUGUCCUGUCUUGUCCGUGAUUGGCGCAGCUAAAAUUUCAUGUCUCGUUCUCGCUGCCUCCGGUCAGUUCAUGCCUCAAGAAGACGUUGCGGCUGCAAUAAACAUAGAAUCGACAGAGUGCUGUUGCUGGAUAACCGCAGAAUUGGACAGUUCAUGUGAGCAACCAAUGGUUCGAGCCGGCCUGACCUCCGAUCUGCCCUCUGCAAUUUCUUCUGGCUGGCUCAAAUCUCAAGUCUUCCGACGCAAAAAUGGUUGUUUCGACGAAGACAACCACGGCUCCUUUUCGACCAUCUUGCAGGCCGGCUUUGAUAGAGCAUUCUAA